UUCAUUAAGUGUGAAUUAUAUUAGUGAAUCAACAUAAGUUAUUAAAUCGAAAACGAAAAUGAAAUCUUUUAUUCUUGCUGUGUUUGUGAUUGUGGCUUGUACGACUGUGAGUUUAGCUGAUGAUGAUAAAUAUACCAGUAAAUAUGAUAAUAUCGAUAUUGAUAAAAUUCUGGAAAAUGAUCGAUUAUUAAAAAAUUAUAUUGCUUGUGUUGAUGGCAGUGGAAAAUGUACUCCUGAUGGUGAAGAAUUAAAAAAACACGCCAAAGAAGCUAUGGACAACUGCUGUGAAAAAUGUACCGAUAAACAAAAAGAAACUAUCAAAAAAGUGUACAAAUAUCUUGUAGAAAACAAAGCUGAUUUACUUAAAGAUCUUAGAGAAAAAUUCGACCCAAAAGGUGAAUACGAAGAAAAAUGUAAAGGAAAAUUUAACAUCGCUGAAGCUUAAAUAUAUGUUUUUUUAAAUGUAACUCUUUUA